CCUUAGGAUUGAUAGCACGAUAAUUAGGCGACAUGGCUAACCGUGGGCGACCUCGCCCUCGGAACGCGCGUAGACGCGACCCUAUCGUCACCAGAAGCAGAUCGGCUAACCGACGAGCAGCCAAUAUGGCUGCCAACGUGCAAAAUCCGGUUCUGCAACAAAAUGUUAAUCCACCUAAUCAACCUGCCCCACGUGCACGAGCUCCCAUGUUGCCACCAGAUCUCGAUCUAUUUGAUCCGGCGCACCAUCUCGCAGGAGCAUGGUUGGCUACGCUUAGAGCACAGCAGUACGAUGAUCAAGAGGCACAGAUCAACAUUCUGGCUCGAAUGGGAGGAGAUACCCAUCAUUGGUAUAGUACCUAUGUAUGGGUGGAUCUCCCGACCUUCGAACGGGAUUUCAUGAAUCGAUUUGAUUAUGUCCACCCUGAGCAAGCGCUGUACAUGAUCAAGGACCGAGUGCAAAAACGUCUCGAAUCCUGGGUUCGGUGUCCAAUGGGAAUUUGCAAUGCGCCCGCCACAUUUCAGCGAGCAAUGAACAUGACGUUCCAGAAUUUCGUCAACAAGCCAUGGCUGACGCAAGGGAUGAUUAACUUCUGCAUGAUCAUAUACAUGGACGACAUCCUGGUCUAUUCGGAGACUUAUCACGGGCACGCGCAAUAUAUUGAAUGGACAUUGGGCGCACUGAGAGGUGCUGGGUUCAGGAUUGCGCUCGAGAAAAGCGAAUUUUUCCUCUCGGAAAUUUCGUUCUUGGGCUAUGUCGUGACACGUGGAGGAUUGCGGUCGGACUCGAGAAAAGUUGCGGCGGUGAAGGAAGCCCCAGUUCCCACGUCACUGAUGCAGGUUCGAGCCUUCUUGGGGCUGGCGUCGUACUAUCCGCAUUUCAUCAAAAGCUUUGCUGCGAUUGCACGACCGCUAACGAAUCUGUUAUGGAAAGAUCAGCCUCUCAAUUGGGACGCGGAGUGCCAGCAGGCCUUUUCAACCCUCAAAGACGCUCUGGCAACAACCCCUAUUUUGAUUCGGUCGGACCCCUCGAAGCAGUUCAUUCGCAUCACGGACUGGCAAUCGGAAGCUAUUUCCGCUAUUUUAGCACAGAAGGGGAACGAUGGGCGCGAACACGUCAUCGAGUACGCGUCUCCAACCGUACCAGACGAACGAAGAAACGACUCCGCACCUCAAGGCGAGUGCUAUGCGGUAGUUUGGGGAAUCCAACACUUCCAUCCGUAUCUCUACGGACAGAAGUUUCGCCUCGUAACGGAUCACGAGCCUCUGCUGGCAUUGAAGAAACUCACCAACUACACGGGCAUGAUUGGCCGUUGGGCGGUGCGACUACAAGAAUAUGACUUCGAUAUCGUCCAUCGAAAGACAGAGCGACACGGCAACGCGGACGAGCUGACACGUCUGCAUCGACCUGCCAAGGUGCAGCGGCCCCAUCUCUGCUCAGAUCUCCUCCGGUUUGCAGCUUUCUUCAGUACGUCGGCGAUCUACACGGCGGCAGAGUUCCAAUUCGCGGAAGAAGCAACUACGCGCGUUCUGGCCGAGAUCUCGGCCUUUCGACGGCUAUCCCCUCCCGGGACUAGCCAUAUCGCUGUCAUUGUCGUCUUUACGGGGGAUAUCACAGCGAUUCCGUCCGCGAAUCACUCCGACAUCUAUCGAACGUUGCGCACUUCGGCUGGGGAGAUAGAGUUCCGCUGGUCAGAGGCGGCCCCAUUCGGAGAAGGGCCAGAGCACCCAGAAGACAGCGUGGAGUUUCUGAUCAUCCAAGCCUGGAGGACAGCAGAGCAGGGCGACCUGCUGGGAUUCCUGUUCGGGAAGGUGGAGGAGGGCAAUCUCACCUUGAUCACGGACGAGUUGCUGGUGUUUUUGACUCAGCUGGCGGACGAUCUGCCCCUGGACAUCUUGUCGCACAGUGACAAGCAGCCUGGCACCCACGUGCUGUCUCGAACGCUCGAGCCGCACCUUGUGUGGUCCACGUACACGGAAAUCGACGAGGAUAUUUGUCUCUAUCCCUCCCAGGCGCUCUACUUGGAGAUCGAAGUUACCGAUCUCACGUUUUGGGACCCGAUUGCGAGGCAAAACAUGGCGCAGGACGAGGAGAUAAGGGGAGCAGACGAAGAAGAGGAAGAAGAAGAGCCAUCGAAUGAGGAAAGGGACAAUCCGGACUACGUACCGGAAAGAGAGGCAGGGAUAGCCGACGAAUCAAACCAGGCGGAGGCGCAGGACGAGGGGGUGGAGCCAGAAGAAGAAGAAGGAAGCAGGCUAUCAGGAUCGGAGUGCGAAGGAUUCGAGGCUGAAGUGCGCGACGCGGUGCGAGAACGAGCACGAGAGCGGAGGAAACGGAAGCGCCAGAAAACCGCGGAGGGAAAGCGACCCGCAACAGACGUAUGCUCUGUCGAUCCGUCGAUCGGAGACCCGUGGCGUGAUCCAGAGCCACCUGAAGAGGAAGACGAUGGAACCACAGAAGAGGGAUUACGAAGCCGAAGAAGAAGAAGAAGUGAAUCGCCAACUCCCUCCGGCUCCCCCGACGGCGCGAUAAAGAUACCGUCCUUGGAUCGUCGAGAGCCCAAUCUGAGGAACUAGUAGAAGAGCAGAACUGCCACAUUGGAUGACGUCCGCACACAAUCGAACGGCAAGUGGCAUAAAGUAAAGUGCUCCACGUGUC